AUGUACUACAUUUCCAUUUUACCAGUCAACAAAGAAAAAUAUAUUAGUUUCACAGUUUACCAUAAAAAGACAAAUAUUAGAUUCCGGUUCAUUGAUACUUUUAGAUUUAUGGGGAGUUCAUUAGAUAGCUUAGUUUCAACUUUGAAGCCCGAAAAUUUUGGAAUUUUAAGAAAACAAUUUCCAAAUGUAGAUGAUGAAACGUUCAAGUUGUUAACUAAAAAAGGAGUAUUCUUUUAUGAUUAUUUAGAUAAAAUUGAACGGUUGGAUGAAAGAAAGUUGCCAAAUAAAGAAAAAUUCUACAAUAAACUGAACGAUGAGCAUAUAUCAGAUUCAAAUUAUGCUCACGCUAAAUUAGUGUGGGAGAAAUUUAACAUGAAGACUCUUUGGGAUUACAGUAAUUUAUACAUGAAGACAGAUAUACUUCUUUUGGCUGUAGUUUUCGAAACUUUUCGAGACACAUGCUUCAAGACAUAUGGAUUAGAUCCAGGACACUACUAUACCAUCCCAGGUUUUACAUCAACUACAAUGCUCAAGUAUACAGGAUGUCACUUGGAAACUAUACAAGAUGUUGAUAUGCUUUUAUUCUAUGAACGAGGUAUACGUGGAGGUAUAUCACAGUGUUGUAACCGGAUGGGGGAGGCUAACAACAAAUACAUGAUGAAUUACGAUCCAUCUAAACCUUCUAAAUAUCUCAUGUACCUUGAUGUUAACAAUCUAUAUGGUUGGGCGAUGAGUGAACCUCUCCCUUAUGGAGGUUUCCAUUGGGAUGAUACAAAUAUCGAUGUUAUGUCAAUACCUGACGAUGCAAAAGAGGGAUACAUUCUUGAAGUUGAUCUCUCUUAUCCAGAAAACUUACAUGACUACCAUAAAGAUUUACCGUUUUGUGUAGAGCAUUGCAAACCUCCUGGUUCCAAACAAUCUAAACUCUUGUCCACUCUGUACAAUAAAACUAACUACGUUAUUCACUACAGGAACCUAAAACAGGCUAUAUCACAUGGAUUAGUUCUUACUAAAAUUCAUAAGAUAUUGAGAUUCAAGCAAAUGACUUGGUUAAAAGGUUACAUUGCUCUUAAUACACAAUUGAGGGCUCAAGCUAAAACAAGCUUUGAGAAAAACUUAUACAAGCUCAUGAACAACGCUGUAUUCGGGAAGACCAUGAAGAACCAAAGGAAGCAUAGGCUGGUGAAACUAGUAAAUAAAUGGGAGGGACGCGUAGGUGCUCGAAAUUUGAUUGCUAGCCCGAAGUUUCAUAGUCGCGUUAUUUUCGAUCAAUCAUUAAUGGCAGUAGAAUUAAAGAAAGCUGAAAUUAUUUUUAAUAAACCAUUGUAUGUUGGAAUGGCAAUUUUAGAACUUUCUAAAACCUGCAUAUAUGAAUUUCAUUAUGACUAUAUGUUAUAA